CUGGCCUUGGACUCCUGGACUGAACCAGGCCUCAGCCUCCCCAGUGGCUGGAACUGUAGGUGCGCACCAACGCACCCAGCUAAUGCUAGCGGUUUCUUUUCUUUGCUGACUCAGAACUGAGCUGUGGCUUUUGGCCAGAGACCUUGUUUCACCUGCUGUUAUCACUCUAUACGUGGCUACUUGGGCUUUCUGGAAGCAGGGCGGCUGGGUUCUUUGGAGUGUUCAAGAACAGCCCACAGUUUCCAGGUGCUCCCCAGGUCUCUGUCGGCAUCAUUCUUGAUAAUGCCCUAUUUGCUCUGGCUAGUCACACGACCAAGAGAAGAGUCCCUGUGGGAAGGGGACUGCGCCAGGCUUCUCCACUGGAGUUUGAACUCCCUGGGGACCUGUAGAUCACUGCCUCACGGAUGGUGAGUGCUAUUGUUUUUUAUUUUGUUGUAACAUAGCUUUCCUUCAGAUGCUGCGAAACUGUAUUGCUUCCACAAAACUGCAGUUUCAAAGAGGGAGAAAUUAAAGACUGCCUGUUAUUGCAAAAAGAUAGAAACCAUGAUCAUUUUAAACCUAGUGAAAAUAUAUUUUUCUGAGAGCUUUGAUGAUCAUAAACACCUUUAUAAAGAUUUUUUAAUUACACUAAAAAAGUGAAACCUCCCUGACUUCGUUCUUUGUGUGCCUGAUCUGUUUCCCCAAAAAUUCUUCCCACCACUUAUUUUAUUCUCAUUCUAAGGAAAGGGCUUCCAAAACGAGCUCUCACAGCAUUGCACACAGUCUCAGAAUUAAUUCUGGGGUUGGAAAGAAACCUUACUGGUCACGCAGUCAGAUACCAUUCAAAGAGAUAAUUUGUCCCAAAACAGCCACCAGGAUUUACAUAGUGAAGGCGCAAGGCAGGAAAACCAAACCAGAAACCUGUCUGCAAACCAAGUACAUUGUAUAGAUCGAGGAAUUUGGGGGUUUGGUUCAAUUCUUCAUUCCUUUGUCUUUAAGCAGUGGUGACCUAAGAAAGCAGAUUGGUGUGACAUGGAUGGAAUCUUGUCAGAACAAAAUUUCUAGAAGGGGACCACAGGGCAAAGUGGGAAAGACUCAGGUGGGGCUGGAGAAGGCGGAGUCUGGACCGCCAGCACCACAGCUAUCUCCUCCUCUCCCUCUCAGAGCUCUGGGCUUCCCGUGGCAGUGAGGUGUCCCAUUGAACAGUGGUUCUUAGCAUUCCCAGGAGGCUCUGGAUAUUAGAAUCUGAUGAAGAUGUGUAACUUGAAAAAAGCAGAGUCAACGUAAUUCUCACCUUCAGAAUGUAAACUACAAAAAGCAAAGUCCAACGAAAUAUUCCAGGCUGCAGGAACAUGCAGAGGGUGAGGCAGGGCUGUUGAGGAUGUGAGUUUUAAAAAAAUGUCAAGAAACGGUGGUGUAACGAACAGAAGAUCUUGGUGACAGUCACCAGAGAGCAAACACCUGUUCAUCUUAUGUGGAGCUCUAAGUGCCCCCAAAAGCAGUGUCUGGCCCAUAGGUUAGCCCCCAUUGAAUAAGUUAAUCCAGAACCACUCCAAGCUUCGUGUUGGACUUUGAGGAGGGUAAGAGGGAGUGACGCAGUGUCCCCUGCUUUCAGUAGUCCCACCUCUCCACGGGUGAAGUGUGACUGGUGGGCUCCGGGAACACUUGUUCACUUUGGUCUGAAGUCUGCAGCUGUGGAAUACUGAGACUUAUCUGCCUGCACAGAUUUCUCUGAUUGUCAAAUGCCCCCUUCUGUUUCUGUCCUCGUUCACAGGAGAAAGCAAAAUGCUGGUUCAUAUCUCCUGCCUUUGGCAGUGGAUUAAAACCCAUCACCAGGAAAAUGUUGUGUUGCCUUCACAGACUUCUGUGGCCCUUGUGGUAAAAUAUUACUGAGAAAGAAGCUCAGGCCGGAUGCAGUGGUGCACACAUGCAAUUCCAGCUUCUCCCGAGUCUGAGGCAGGAGGAUUGCAAGUUCGAGGUUAGCCUGGGCAAUUUAGCAAGACCUUGUCUCAAAAUAAAAAGGGUUGGCGUUUUGCUGUGUGGUAAAGUGCUUGCCUAGUGUGUGUGAGGUCCUGGGUUCACUUCCCCAGACCACAGAAAGCAAGCUCAGAACUCAAAGUAUGCAGUUGUUCCUUUUCCAUGGGUAAUCACCAUCUCUCUGGGCUCCGUUCCCAGUGCAUUCUAACCGAGGAAUCAAAAUUUCCUUUGAUAGUCUGGUUAUAACACAAAAGUCCAUUGUGCAGUAGAUUACUCUUUCAGAAAACUCUAUAAAGUGACCUAAAGCAAAAUUUAAGAAUGUGAGAAGCUGAUAACCUGGAAUUUUAAAGCUACCUUAUCUGAAACUACUCAGUAACCAUUUUUUACUGUUUGGGGAUGUUUGGGGUUUCUUAGACCACCUGCUGCAGCACUGAACUUUUUUAAGUCUAUCUCAGAGGUGGAUUGUGUGCUUAGCACCCGUGAGGUCCCGCGCAUACACACCCACACACAUACACACACACACAAAUUAGAUGCCAUGUUAUGUCUUUAAUGAAGGCAGGUUCUGCCUUCCCUAGCUAGAAUUGUUUGUUCUCUGCUGUCUCCAGAGCCUGGAGCAGUGGCCUCACAUGUGGGAAUGAACAGCUCAGCUCAGGUUCUACCUCUUUCUUUUCUGCUCUUCACCUGUCCACAGUGGUAUACGUCCUCUCUCUGAUUGGUGGAGACAGUGCCUCGCUGUGCUGCCCAGGCUGGCCUUGAACUCCCCAUCUGAAGGGGUCCUGCUGCCUUGGCUCCUGAGUAGCUGGGAGGGACUGCGGGUGUACACCACCACGCCUGGCACUUUCCUCAUUUUCCGAUCUUUGGUGGCUCUGUCUCCACUGAUUCCUAUAAAGACCUGACUGUGUGAUAGACAAGGGUGUGAAUAGGUAAGAGUCAAGAGUGUUGCUGUGUCUUCAAAUCUCAGCCCCACUACUCAGCCACGUGACUCUGGGCAAGUCUCCUCCGCUCUGUUUUCCCACCGUUCUGCGUGUCACAUGGUAAUGGUGGUUGAGCAUCUGGAAUACAGUGUUCAUGGAGGGAGAUGAAACGGGGAAGGUAGACCGGGACCUGAUCAUCAGGAUCCUUUUGUGACACACCUCAGUGUUUGGAUCUAAGAGUUUUCCAAAAAAAAAUUUUUUUCCAAACAGCAUCAUGACAUAAGUCUCAGUUUAUUAGACAACAGCUUCCUUCAGCGCAAGCUCAUACUGAACCAUGGGCCGUUCUUAGGUUUGCCUUCCUGUUGGUGCAGGCAUGUGGUUUUUGUUUUGUCUCAUUGUCCUAUAUUUUCUUCUAUUUCUAGCUAACUUUUAUUUGCUAAAACUCUACAGGUCACUUUUGUCUAGAAUAGACCUUUCAUGAUAUCAGGGAGACCAUAAUACGUAAAAGAGUGUCUGUAUUGUCCUGUUUUCUCUUGGUAGAAAGUCUUCUGCGGCUCCCUUCCUGCUCUAGAUCUGCUAGUGUUCCUCUCCUUUGGGGGAAGUGUUUCUGAGGCGCUUGGAUCCAUUCUUGAUGGACUAGAAACAGGUGCUGGGUGUGAGGUCUGCCUUUGGGGUGUGUGGGAAUGCGCUUUCAGCACACCUUCAGUCCUGGCAUACGUCCAUUACCAGAAAUAUAUUUUCAAAAUAUUCUCCCUUCUUCACAUGAAAGUCACGGAGAAGAUUUGGGGCUCCUCAACUAGGUCACAGUGUCCAGGAGCAGAAGGCCACACCUCCCUCCUCCCCGAUCAGAAUCAGCGUAUUGUUUGUGAUACAAAUCCAAUUAACCAACGGCCUUCACAUCUCCCACUUCCUGUUCAUUUCCCCCAGGCACAAAUUGGUUCAAGGAGAAAAGUUUUUUUGUUUUGUUUUUUUUUCCUACCUUUUAAUAUUUUGAGCUGCUUAGGUUUGGGAUUCAAAGUGGUUUUGUUGCUCAUUGCUUAACUGGGCUGAAGAUUAUCUCAUGUGACGGCAGAGAUUUCUUGUUUUGGAAUUGCCAAUACUUUCUAGAACGGCCAUUCUGUACAGCUGCCAACAUGCCCUGGGUCCUCCUGCUUCAUAUUACAGUGAUACUGCUUUGUCAGGGUGGAAUCCAGCCUCACAGGGUUGGAGUCAGUCUCUGCUGACCUCAUGCCACAGCACAGCAUGUUCAAAUCUGGGAGAAACCUGAGGGUUAUUCGGCAUAAUCCUCUUCCUUCUCCCUCACAAGCAUGGAACCCUCACUCUCCUCGGAAACCAUCGAGCGGUUGGAAGUAGGCAGCCUCGCCCAGACAUCCAGUGCGGUGGCCUCCAGCGCCGAUGGCAGCAUCCACACAGAGUCAGUGGAUGGCAUUCCAGACCCUCAGCGCACGAAGGCUGCCAUCGCUCACCUGCAGCAGAAGAUCCUGAAGCUCACAGAGCAGAUCAAGAUCGCGCAGACGGCCCGGGACGACAACGUGGCCGAGUACUUGAAGUUGGCCAACAGCGCCGACAAGCAGCAGGCGGCCCGCAUCAAGCAGGUCUUCGAGAAGAAGAACCAGAAGUCCGCCCAGACCAUCCUCCAGCUGCAGAAGAAGCUCGAGCACUACCACCGGAAGCUCCGGGAAGUGGAGCAGAAUGGGAUCCCCCGGCAGCCCAAGGAUGUCUUCAGGGACAUGCACCAGGGUCUGAAGGACGUGGGCGCAAAGGUGACGGGCUUCAGCGAAGGAGUGGUGGACAGCGUCAAAGGGGGAUUUUCCAGCUUCUCCCAGGCCACCCAUUCGGCAGCAGGAGCCGUGGUCUCGAAACCCAGGGAGAUCGCGUCGCUGAUUCGGAACAAAUUUGGCAGUGCCGACAACAUCCCCAACCUGAAGGACUCUUUAGAGGAAGGGCAAGUGGACGAGGCGGGGAAGGCUCUGGGGGUGAUUUCGAACUUCCAGUCAAGCCCAAAAUAUGGUAGCGAGGAAGAUUGUUCUAGUGCCACUUCAGGCUCAGUGGGAGCCAACAGCACCACGGGGGGCCUCGCUGUAGGAGCUUCCAGCUCCAAAACCAAUACCUUGGACAUGCAGAGCUCAGGAUUUGAUGCACUACUCCACGAGAUCCAGGAGAUCCGGGAAACCCAGGCCAGACUGGAGGAAUCCUUUGAGACCCUCAAGGAACAUUAUCAGAGGGACUAUUCCCUAAUAAUGCAGACCUUGCAGGAGGAACGGUAUAGGUGUGAACGGUUGGAAGAGCAGCUAAAUGACCUGACAGAACUGCACCAGAACGAAAUCUUGAACUUGAAGCAGGAAUUGGCCAGCAUGGAAGAGAAGAUUGCGUACCAGUCCUACGAGCGGGCGCGGGACAUCCAGGAGGCGCUGGAGGCCUGCCAGACCCGCAUCUCCAAGAUGGAGCUGCAGCAGCAGCAGCAGCAGGUGGUGCAGCUGGAGGGGCUGGAGAGCGCCACGGCGCGGAACCUGCUGGGCAAGCUCAUCAACAUCCUGCUGGCCGUCAUGGCCGUGCUCCUGGUCUUCGUGUCCACGGUGGCCAACUGCGUGGUCCCCCUCAUGAAGACGCGCAACAGGACGUUCAGCACUUUAUUCCUCGUGGUCCUGGUGGCCUUCCUCUGGAAGCACUGGGACGCCCUCCUGGGCUACAUGGAGCGCUUCUUCUCGUCCCCCAGGUGAUGCUGGGCCGCGCCCUCGAGAGCGCACACGGCGGCCGGCGGGGAGAUGGGGCAGCUCACCUGCUCCAGUCGCCCCCACAGCAAGAGUCGAGUGAAUCUGUUUACAUUUAGAAUAAUGUUUUUUUCUUCAAGAGACGCAAUUGCAAUAGUAUUUUUUAGAUUUUAUCCAAGAAGUUUUUUGGGCGAAAAUCUUGGAUCAUUUUUAUGUAGCAUGAUUUUCCUUGGGAUGCAGAUCCUCCCCGUCCUUUAACACAGCCACCACCGGAGCGCCCAAGGGCAUCUCAGCUGCGGCCUGAAGGACUCACUAACCCACUAAAAAGAUGCGACACCCAGCGACACCCAGUUGGCAGAAAGACCGACAGCCCCUCGCCUGCCCCGGGGCGCCACCUCCCUCCCGCCCGCCCGCCCGGGGACUCUACUGUGAAACCUGCCACAUUCCAUGUGUGAGUUUUUGGAUUCAGGGUGGCAUCUCCUCGUCCGUGGAAGAGCACGUGGACCUCCCUGGCAUUGUCACCCAGUUGGCCAUUCACACUCACCCUGGAGCCCCGUCACUCCUGGACCUGGUCCCCUCACGUUGCGGGGAGACAGAAGUGAGAGCCUCGUGCCACAGGGUCACCGCACAGUCCUCCUGCAGUGUUGUGAAGCAGCCCUGGAGAUCCCCAACCCGUCAUUUCCAGCAAAAUCCCUUGGCCGCACUUUUAAGGUUUUUUUUUUUUUUAAUAUGUGUGUGUGCGCGUGUGUGCGCGUGUGCGUGUGUGCAUAGUUACCACCUUAAAAAUAAAACACCCGAACAGCAUACUUGAAGAAUGUAAUACUCCAACUCUCAGUGCUUCCUUAUGGUUUCUAAUAGGAUUUUUUAUUAUUGUUAUUAUUAUUAUUGGGUUUUUUUGGAAGGGGGUUGGGAGGGUCUUUUAUUUUUCCUUUGAAAUAAAGAAGUGAUGUUUUUAAAUGGAGACGUGUGGCUAUUUAAAUGUGCUGCUCCCUCUUGUCCUGACACAGCGUGAGGAGGGGACUCGCUGGGGACAAGGCACUGUCUUGACAUGCAUCCUCAACGCCCCGCUGUGGCGGCUGCUUCGUGGGGUCCUGCCAACCCCUCUCCACCCCUCCCCGGCUCAGCGAGGUGGGGAGUCCAGGUGCGCAGGGGCAGGGAGGCCACGUCCCCAGAGCGCGUGCUACAGCGGGGACAGUUUGGCCCCAAGAAAUAUUCACCCAGUGACCUUGAGCUGGGGCUGUCAGUUAGGAAAAAUGGAGAGUCACAGCGAUUCCUUGUGUUUCCUUAAUUUAUUGUCACACCCCCGAUGGCCGAAACCAAAGUGAUGUGCGUCCUCUGUCUGCUCCUCGCCCGGCUCCCUGCAUUUCAAAGCUUUAUUCUGCCCGCCUCAGAGGACCUGCUGAAGGGGAUUCCACACAGCAGCAAGGGACCCACGUCUCGGUGUCCCCGUCGCCGGCUUCCUGUUCAUCGAGACUGACGUCUUCACGAACUGUGCUCAGUGGACUUUUGGAGACAGUCACCCUGGUGGGACCUGGACUCGGAGCUCGCCUGGAGAGCCUGGUUCGUCUUCGCGCAGUGUGGGUCCCCAAUGCCAUUCCCUCUCGUCCUCCGUCUGUGCGCCCACGUGCUGCACAGGGCCUGGGCCACGCCCUGGAGAGAGAGCAGAGCCCGCUUUGCCUGUCCCCACGCCAGGAGCUGCUUCUGGAACCAUAUCAGCGUUGCCCUGUGUGCGGGAAAGGAUGACAUGGGGGACCGCUCUGGCCUUCUUUGACUGUGGCCAGGCGGCCUGCCCGGUCAGCUGGCUGUCUCCAGGACCCCUUGAUAUGAUAACUCAGGUACCAGUCGCACCCCAUCCCCAGAUGAUUGUAGUGCGCCUCCGUCACCAUGAGCCCCCAGCGCAGGGACCACAGGGGUGAUUUUUCUUUUUUAAGAAAUAGAAACCAUCAGAACCAAUUCACAUUCAUGCCAAAAACAAAUCGUCCCCAAGCCUAGACCCUUAACAUGUCACCUUUGCCUGAAACACUGCAGCGACUUGAGCAGGAGUGCCAAAGGACACCACGACCUUGACAGACUGCUGUAGCUUCAUUGCUCAGAGAAGAGAGCCUUACAGAGUUAAUUAAAAAGAAACAUUCAGAAAUGCCCUCGCAGAAACCCAGGAGUUUUUCAGACAAACUUGGAGUCUCCGGCUGCUUAGUGGCUCCAGAGAUCUGCACUGUGACGCGCCGGUUGACGUUGUUCCCAUUUGCCUUUGGGACAGUUCCCAUCGAGGGAAGGUCUUCACCUCUGGAAGGCCCAGAGCUGCCCCGGACAGGCCCACUCCCCUUCCACCACAGUUCAGGGCAGGUGCGAUUGUGCCUUCCUGUCCCCUGUGUCCUGACCGCUCACCAAGUCCUCCCGCCACCCUGUGCAUCCCGCGCGCCCGGCAGCCACCCAUCUGUUGGUGCCCGCCUGUGCUCCAUGUUGACCACCCCUGUUGCCUUCGAGUUUCCUCUCCGGGUGGCUGUUCCUAGGUCCCCUUGUCUGUCCCAAGCCUUUCUAGAACCUCACCCUUAAGUGUUCUCUAUAGGACUCGAUCUCACUUCAGUGACUCCGCGUGCGUUUUCUUUGAAAUGGAGCAUUCCUGAGUUCUGUGUCCCUGCUGGGCCUGGCCUGGGUGGGUGAGGCUGGCUGCCUUCGCCUGGGUGACUCGGUUCAGGUUGUGGGAGGACCACGAUUUCCCCCGUGUGUCACCAUUCCAAGGGCUGUGGGCUCCAGUCUCCAUUACCCGUUACCCUCUGUGCAUCCUAACGAGGAAGGCUUUCCAGAAACCCCCUGGCUCCUUAAGAUGCAAAAAGAGGCUGAAUUUUAUCUGGGCCACUGACUGGGGUCCUCCCACUCACUCCCUUGUCCCCCUUGGGGUCCAAAUCUGGUGCCAAGCAGAGCCAGGGGUGCAGCCCUCCUCGCCAGCCAUGUCCUCCCAAUGAGCUCAAUUCCACGUGGUUCCCACUGCAUUUGGUUGUGUUUUCAAUUUCACAUCCCUUCGAGGUACAGUAGGAAGUGGGGGGAAUGCCGAAUUCUAUGCAUCCAAAACCAAACCAAACCCUCGGGUGCCCAAGGCCAAGCCCCGGCUCCCAUGCCCCUGCCCUCCUGCCCACAGGAAACCUGGGGAUUUGAAUGUGGCUCUAAGAGUGGACAUUUGCGCUGUGUGUCGUGUAUGCCAGGUGACACCCUCAGUAGGGAUGGACUACUAGACUGACUGUAAGCGUGUUUUCUCCAAGUGUGUAAGAAUAAAAACUCACUUGCACGAACUGAAAAGUUACAGAAAUGACACUUGUGAACGCGUGAACUUUAACACUGUAGUUGAUAGAUCUUAAGCUGCUAAUGUGUUGAGAGAGAUUUAUGUUGUGUGUGGCCGCUGCUGAUGGGCAGCAGGACUUUUACUGUACAUACAAAUGGAAAUAAAGACCUCAGCUAUUAA